CUGACAUGUUAUACAGUGUGAAGGUUGGUAAGCUUAUGUCUCAAAAUGGAGGUGUAGAAGACUUAUUUAAAGAAUAAAAUAUUAUUCUAUACUUUAAAAUUCUUAAUAAUAACAUUUUAAGUACCAAAUAUUUGCAAAGUUAAUAUUGCUUUAAAAUAAACUUUAUAAGCAAUAAAUAUCUUGGUUAUAAUUAAAUCACAUAUUUAUCUUAAAAAAAAAAAAAAAUAGAAAAAUCAAUAUCUUCUGUGCAUAACACAUAGUUGUUGUGUAAUUCCUUGGUUACAAUCCACCCUUAUUUGUGAACUAAUUCUUUAUAUUUCAUUUAUAUAUUCUCUAUGUGUAAAUUUUGUUUUAAUUUAACUGAGUAUAAAACUUAAAUCAAUUUUUUGCUUAAUGAAUAAUUUAGGUUCCCAAUUGUGAUAUUUUAAAAAUAAUUGAUAUGUUUUUUUACUGUGCUUAUAUUAGUUUUAAUUAAGAGCGUAUAUAUUACAUCACUAUGUAUGUCCAAUCAAAACUACCAAAAACAAGUUCUGAAAUAAUAAGUGAAGCUAAAGCGGCUCUUCAAAUGCCGUCGCAUAUUAAGCCGUUAAUGACUAACAGACCUUUUACACCUAGAGAGAGAGUUUUAUUUGGUAAUAAACGAGUAAACCGGCCAUCAAGUGUUCUAAAAUUACAACAAGUGCAGUUUCAAGAUAAGAAAAAUUCGAAUUGUACAAAAUUACCAUUAUUGGAAAAGUCCAAAUAUUUAAAUUACAUUGAAGAUGUAAAAAGACAAACUCGAAGCAGUCCUCCACAUGCAGUUAGAAAACGUUCCAAUUCAGAUUUGGCGUAUAACAAUAAAUUAUCCGAAAAAAAAAUAUCUUCUUUAUCAUUUCCUCUGUCGAUAGAUGCUCUAUUAAAGAAUCACUAUGAGCCAAAUUAUUACGAUCACGAAUAUAUGAGUCAUGAAAAUGAAAUUAAUGAAGCUCGUGCUUCGUUUUUCUCCACACAUCCUGAUUGUUUCUGUGUCAUCUCUUUGAUUGAGAAUACGAUGAUGAAAAAAAACUGGGAAAUCGGUGAAAUGUGCUCACUAUUAGACAAACUUGCAAAUGCAAUAAAACACGAACAUUUAGGAAUCAUUCGGGACGAAAAUAAAAAAUCGUUUAUACUACGAACAGUUUUUAGAUUAGCUAAUAGUUCUACAAACGACGAACUAAUUAUUCAUAUUCUAUUAGUAUUACUUCAGAUGUCAGUAUCCGGAAAAUAUUUAAUGACGGUGUGCAAAUUAUUUUUCAAAGUGUCCCGUUUGGAUAAAAACGAUCGGCUAUUUUUGGAGACCGAUGUGCUGAACCUUUUUGUCGAUGCUCUUGGAUUGGCUACUCCCAAUGAAGACGCCGAAUCUCUUAUCUAUGGUUAUGGCGCCCUUAAAUUUUUAACCAUGAACCCAGCUUUAAUGGAACGAGCUAUGAGUAACGGUUGCCUACCAUUAAUGCUACUUCAUUUAAAAAUGAUCAACUUGGAGCGAACAGAGAGACCGAAACUACCAGAAUCUAUUACCCAUGUAUUGUUUCAACUGACGGGUGCAUUAAGAAAUGUGAUUAAUAAUAGUGCAUUUUAUCCUGAGCUUAUAUCAUCAGGUGGUUUGGCUACUAUUUAUCGCAAUUUAGAGCUAUUUUCUGAUGAUAUUGACGUUAUCACAAACAUUUCUAGAAUUGUUAGUAUUUUAUCAACUGAUAAUAAGUGUUGUGACACUCUUGUGGAAUCUUGGACAAAUGUCUCUGUGCUCAUUUCUCUUCUAGAAAAAUAUCCUGACCAAGCUGAAGUAGUAGUUCGUAUUACAUACGCUCUGGGUAAUAUCCUGACCAAUAAUGAAAAAGCUAGAUAUCAACUAUACGAUCAACACUGUUCAGUUGGGACACUUUUAAACCUUUUACAAUUGUAUUUAGAAAAAGAUCUAAUAAGUUUAUCCCAAAAUUUUGAAUUAAAUUUAAUAAAUGACGUCUUAAUAAAGGUUAUUAGGGUCAUAGUUAAUAUGAGCAUACAGCCAGAAAUUGGGUCUAAGUUAGUUAUGAAAGCAAGUGAAAAUCAUUCAAUAUAUAAAGUAAAAGAAUGCGAACAAUUUUUGGACGCAUUGUUGACAGUUCUCCGACGUAAAUCAGUAGACGAGGACGAAGAAUUAGUUUACGCCGCUUUAGUUGCGUUAAACAACUUAUCAUACUUUGAUGAUAUGGGGAGUCACGGUCCAUUUUCUUCCCGGCAAUUGGACAUAACACAAGCAUUAAGUCUUAUGCUAAACACGAGAAAUUAUUCGAGUAAAGUGGAAGUAAUUAGAGUCUUUGGAAAUUUGACACGAUCAAAUAUUGUUCGUAACUACUUAUUGGAAACUGGUGGACUUCAAACGAUGACCAGCUAUUUGGAAAGUGGAAAUCGUGAACUAAUAAUCGUUUGUUGUGGUGUACUGGUGAAUAUGACAUCUGACAAAGAUAGUCGCGAAGAAUUUAAAAAUCAUGACGGCCUUAUCAAAAUAAUAAACAUCCUUAAGUCGUCAACUAAUCACGAUUGGAUUCUGUACGUUUUAAUUUGUCAAAUUUUAUGGAACGUAUGUUCUAGUAGUAAAAAUUUUCCCUGUAAUCCAAUGGACAUUUUGGAUAUUUUGAUCAAACUUACCGACGAAGAAAAAUUAUUCGGAGCGUCCUUGUCUCACGAUGAAGAAAAAUUGGUUGAAUACAAACAGUGGGAAGAUUUCGCUUCAGUGGCUACAAAUUUAUUGGAGUGGUUAGACGAGAUAUUAGACGAGUCUUCUGGAAAUAUAGAAAAAUAAUUUUAAUUAAAAAAAAAAAUAAUGUUUCUUUUUCUAAAUUCCAGGAAAUGUUUUACUUAAUCUUUAACUUUUUAAUAAAAUGUUUAAAAGUUUAUGUACGUUAUUGACACAAAAUAAUUUUAUAAACAAUAAAAGACAAUUUAAUUUAAACAUUGGCGUAUUCAAUGGGAAUGUAAUAGGGUUGUGACAAACACUUUUAAACAUGCAAAAUUUCAUUUCUUUUUCUUUAUCUUAUAAAGAUUGUCGAGGCUAAAAUAUAUCUUGUGUAACAAACUAGAAUUUUUUAUUGAUAUAAUUUAGAUAUGAUUUUACUGAGAGAAUAAACGAAUCAUAUUUUCUAGUAAAGAGCAAAAAAAUGGUUUUAACUCAUGUGUGUUGUGACGCCUCCUUGAUAAAAUUUUGCAUACGCCAAUGAAUAUAAAUUAUUUUUUAUAAAUGAUUUCCAAUUUUAAAUACAUAUAUAUAUAUAUAUAUAUAUAUUAGUACAAAUAUUGUUGUGUAGUAAUAAUUAAUAUAUAAUUAAAUUUAUACUUAACUUCAGUAUAAUUUUGUUAAUUUUAUCUACAAUCAAAUAGUAUUAAAUUUAUUAAUACAAAUUUAUCUUAGUAAUUAUUUAUAUGAACAACCUUUAUAUUAAUAUUUAAUCUAUUAUUAUUUUUUGUAACAACUUGUUAUUAUUUUAAUCUGAUAUUAUUUUAAAUGUUAUAUGAAUAACUAAUUAGGACUAGAAACAGUGAUGGAUUUAAAGCCAUUGUGCAUAUCCACUACAUUUUCAUUAAAAAAAGUACUCAAUAUACAUUUUAAAUCUAUAUUCUUAUAACCUUUUAUUUAUUUUUAUAAUAGUCGCGUCAUAAAAAUAUUUAGAGGCCAGAUCUACUCAGUUCAACGGCUUACAUCACAAUUAUAAAUUUUGGCUCUGUUAACUCUGCAAGUGACUGAGAAAAUAUAAACUAUAUCGUUUAGUAAAAGAAUCUUGUACAUUUUUAUGAUGAUUUAGGUUGUAUAUUAGGUGAUAAUUUAGGUUGUAUAGUAGAAAUUAUUUAUAUAAAAUUAUGAUUGUAAUUUAUUCGCAAGAUUUCUUUUAAUCAAAACAUUUCUCAGAUUUGCUGAUUAUGUCAAAUAUCUUUCUGCCUAGAGUAGGUAAAUCGUAUGUGAUAACACUCUGUUGCGCAAUCAAAAAAAAAUUUCAGGGGAUUUUAUUAUAUUCUGCAUCGCUAUUUAGGAAUUUGAAUAAGCAAAUAAAAAGGUAUUAUAAUAAUUAUUACGAUUAGGAUAGGAGCGGUUAAAAACCCCUGACCAUUUCCAAUUGGCCAUUGCUUUAUGGUUCCUGUUUCUAUGUAACACUACAGUAUAGUUUUUAUAUUUUAUGAA